UGCAUCUACACUUUGUCAGGUCUCAUGCCGCCAGACUGCGUGAGACGAUGAUACGUCGUUUCCUCAUCUCCCACCAGUGAGGAGCGAUUUCCACUUACCUUGACGUGUGUACAGCAUGUAGGACUGCUACCCGGCAUCAAAAUGGCUACCCGAGGUCCACGGCUGAAAAGAGCCUUGGGAUCGGAAAGCAUCUCAUCACCAUCAUGAACUCGGAGAUAAACGAGCAAAAACAAUUCCGCGAUUGAUUCAUGGUUACGUCAGCCCCGCGGUCUUGUUCCCCGCGGUCCAUCGAGAAUAUGUGAAAUACUUCCUCCGGAAACAUUGGACAAAACCAGCCGUCCUACUAUCACCAAAAACCUUGUGAAAAUGGCUGUCACCGAAAUCGCGUUACUACCCCUUCAGGAGGGCAAGAUACCUGACGACAGAACGAGUGCCGUCGGGCAGAUUCAUGCCGACCUCCUUGAGACACUGCUUGCCCAACCAGGCUGCCAGCGCUGCUAUUGGGGUCGUGGAGUCGAAGACCGUCUUCUGUUGAGAUGGUUUGUUGACUGGGACAGUGUUGAGGACCACCAGAAGUUCAUGCAGUCCGAUGCUUAUAAACCAUUCCUCGACCGUUUUGGCGAGCUCCUAGGCGGUGCCCCGACCCUAUAUCAUGCAUCUUUCACACCUCACCCUCCUAGAGCUGCUCUGAGCGACACCACUUCCCCAGCGACCGAGAUUGUGACUAUGUACUUUCCCACCUCAUACUCCAAAGAAGACCAGGACGAGGUUGUCGAGAAAGCAAAGGCCGCCAUUAAGAUCAUCGAGAAGGAAGCUAAGGAAUACAGAGCCUCCGCAGGAGGUUGGGUUGAGGAAGAGAUUGAUAUCCCCGAGAUAGACGAAAAAGCAAAAGCAUACGUUUUGUUGAUAGGCUGGACCAGCGUUGAGGCUCAUAUCGAGUUCCGCAGCCACCCUGCUUUCAAGGAAGUCAUACCCAACCUCCGCGGUAACAAAGACCUGAAGAAGCUCGUAGCUGUGCAUGCUCAUCUGACAGAGACCACUGGAGGCCCGAGUGGUGUUGGAGAUGUGUCCGACCUAUAGCCUUGAUAUAUCCAACGAAAAGAUCUAACUCUUUUGGUUUCUCCCAAGAAACCUUCAAGACGCACUCAGACGGCUCGACUACGAGGACUGCAUUCAAAACGGGACGUUAUAAGGCAUCUUGCCAGCGAAGCGGCUCGAACAGUGCGAAAAUGACUGCCAAAAUCUUGUGCUUGC